AUGAGCUUGUUUGGUAAGAUUUUCGGGGGAAAGAAGCAGGAGGUGGCGCCAUCAACUCAGGAUGCGAUUCAGAAAUUACGGGAAACAGAGGAAAUGCUCAUAAAAAAGCAGGAUUUUUUGGAGAAGAAAAUAAAGGACGAGGUGGCAACGGCAGUGAAACAUGGCACAAAGAAUAAACGACUCGCACUCCAUGCCCUUGGUAGGAAGAAGCAGUUCGAAAAACAACUCAAUCAUAUUGAUGGAGUUCUACAGACUAUCGAAUUUCAGGUUCACGAUCUAAUGGAAGACAUCGCGGAGCAACAAGAAGUUGCCAAUGAAAUCGCCGAAGCGAUUUCAAAUCCUGUUGGUUUCGACAGAGCAGUUGAUGACGAAGAACUCUUGAGGGAACUUGAGCAACUUGAGCAGGAGGAAUUGGACAAGCAAUUGUUGGAUGUUCAACCAACGCCUGUUGUACUGCCCGAUGCGCCUUCCACGGACCUCCCAGCGAGUAGCAAGGCGAAACCCGCAAAGGUCGACCAUGACAAGGAUCUUGAGGAUCUUGAGAUGUGGGCUAAUGCUUAA